AUUGUACAUUGAAUCAUAACUGUCAUGAUUCAGCCAUACUGGUACACUAUUCAAUAAGGUAACAUCCUGAACACAAACACAUUUACCCUCAUACAACCUCACCUCCAACCAACCCCCUCCUCUACAACAAACAACCCAAAAACAAUGCCACCAACGGAAUCCAAAAUCCUAACAACCUACCUCCUCCUCCCCUCACCACUCCCCUCAAUCCUGCCCCCCAAAUCCUUUCCCGCUCUCUUCCCCAAGUCCCAACAAUCCUCACCCCAAAUCCAGGCACUCUACCGGGACCUCCUCCACCAACGCGCCCUCGUCGUCGACGCCGUCGCACACAAUGUAGCAGCAGAAGUAAAGAGAGGCCACACACAGAAACGACUAGUCGCACGCUCAAGACGUCAGGCGGAGAAAGGAGGGGAAUUGGGAGACGAGGAGGUGGAAGUUGAGGAAGUGGUAUGUUUCCCAUUCACCUAUUCUGCUUCAUCCUCUAUAUUCAAUUGUUAAUGUAAUCCCCCAGCUCUUCAAAUCCACCGCAAACCUGCCGACUCCCAAACCUCACACCCUGUUCAGCAUCAUACCCGCGCUCGAAGAAGCCACCGCACUUGUUGAAGACGAGAUACAACGAUUGGAUGCUGAGGCGGAAGAGCUGUUGCGGGAGAUUGAGAGCACAGUUGGGGGAUUAAGUGAUUUGCGGUACGGGAAGUUGGCGAAUGGGAAGUUACCGGAGGAGGUACUGGGGGGUUUGAGGAGGCUGGAGGAUUCUUGUAAGGGGAGCUGAGAUCUUGACUGCUGAUUGUUGGUUCUUGAAUGCGCAAGAACAGGAACUACGAGGGCACGCAGAUGGGGAAAAUCGGUCGACUUUUGCAUCGCGCUCUGAAAAGAAAUCUGAUUGUAGCAGGAGGACAUACUUUGGCACGGAAGAGGGAAAUUUGAGGGACAGCAGGUACAUCACAGG